GAGGGUCUGGAUCAAAUCUUAAAAUGGCGGACUUGCUCGGAAAUAUCUUGGGAUCUAUGGAAAAACCUCCUUCUGCUGGAGACAAAGAGAAGAAAUUGGCUAAACAGAGGAAAAAACAGAUGGAAAAAAUACAAGAAGCUGAUAAAAAGAGAAAAUCAGACUUUCGAUUGAAAGUGGAAAAAGAAGUAAACGAGUUUACAAAUAAUGAAACAAGCACAAGACUGAGAUAUGAACCAAUGGACAGGGUCUAUAGAAGUAUAAUAUAUGAUGUGGCAGAAGUCGCUGGACUCACCUCGUUUUCAUUUGGUGAACGAGAUGAAGAAAGAUAUUUAGUUUUAUUUAAAAAGGAAUUUGCUCCAACAGAUGAAGAACUUGCUGCAUAUCGAAGUGGCAAGGUGAUAGAGGAUCCUGAAAAAGCCAGAGAAUAUUACAGAAUGAAGGCACAAAGUGUAACAGAGACCACAGUUACAGAGGAAACAACUCAAGACAAAGAUUUUGUUCCUACAACUAAUUAUAGAGAUAAAUACAAGAAAUUAAUUGGUGAUGUGUCGGCUAAAGAAGGAGCCCAUACACUGGCUCCUAAUAAACAGUUUGGUUUUGUUCCAAGUGAAAGCAAAACAGACAAACGAUCCAUUGAGGAGAUGAUGAAUGAUAUUCGUGCUAAGAAAAAACAAAAAUUGUUGGAACAUAGUGUAAGCACAACACAGGAACCUUCAUCAUCAUCAGAGUAG